CAACAUUUGUGUGCGGACUCAGCAUUGCUUGUCUGACGCAAGUUUGGUAAGCAAAGUUCGUCAGCAGGGGAAAUGGCCACAGUACCAUGGUUACUGUUUGCGUGCUUGAUCCUUGCCUCAACGUGCAACGCGUCGAAAAGGACACAGGACCACAUCCAGGACUUACUUGCCGACAAUGCAAAACUUAAAGCAGCAUUGUCGUCCAUGCAGAAAAGUUUCAGCGAACUUUCUCGCCAAGUGAUGAUGCAGCAAACGUUUGUGGAAGAACGCAUCCGGUCUGACGGAAGUUCCGGUGUAAAACAGGUCCGGCACGAGUCGAACGGAGACCGGAUCUACUUCACUCCUGACCAGACCUCCUUUAGCGCCGCGGGCAUCCAUGACCACUCCGACUAUACAAGACUCAUAGGAAUGGGUGAGUUGAACGCUGUGAUAAACGGCGUUGAGUUCCGUACACGUCAUAACGACUACCGUCUGGCAAUGCCGGCAUCACAUCCGGCGUUCAACGCUCAGGUGGACAUUCCGCAUCCGGAGGUACCGCCCAGCGUUCUGAGCAAACCCACCGUUGCGGAGCAGGUCAAAGAAAUGAAGCUUUGGUUUAAAGCGUUCAAGGACCAGGACCAUUCUGUGCGAGACUACCGGAAGUACUUCCAACCGGUGUUGUGUUACCUGGAAGGAUUCUGGUCUGUAGACACAGAAACGGUUCAAGAGCCAUUCCCCAGUGAGCGCCACUUCAUCGACGCAAAAACAUACGCCGACCUUCAUGAAAAGGUCCGUUUCAUGGCAUACGCUGGCGAGAAGGAGUCCCUGGAGAACUAUGCAUAUCUCCUCACCACCAUCAUGCGAAUCGUCAACGGGACGCCUGAGUUCGCACAGUGGAACUACAAGAUCCUGUGCCACCCUAUGAAGAACGACCUGCCACUUAGUGCACUGGAGUAUGUGGACGAUCUCUCAGCAAGGAUGAAGGAUGGGGAAUCAGAUACCGUCGAGAAGAUCAAGGGAACACGUAAGGCGAGAUUCCGAAUUCGCGGGAAAAUACCGAAACCAUCGACUGCAUUUGAGCCCGACGCGUACGACUGGGGUCUUCUGGACAACCUGAUGUACGAAAUUCCGGGCAAGAACAACUACGGGGCCAGUCUGAUGGACAACGGAAUGGGGCAGCCCCUGUACCACCUCCAGGGCAGCAAGCUGGAGAAGAUCAAUACCGCCCAUUACACGAGAGCAUACGACACGAAGCGCCAGGACGCAACUGGAGUCAGCGUCAACCUACGCGGCUACUCCGAUCCCAACUUGUUUUCUGCCCAGACGACACACGAGAACAUUGCCGCCAUGUCGAUGACACGGUGUGACAAGGUUAGCGGGCAGGACGUCUGCAGGAGACACACGAGCCGCUACACGUGGGCCAUCCCUCUGGAGAUUAUCUAUCUUACCCCGCUGUUGAGGUGGAACCCGUUCAAUAUACGUCACGUGGAGUCAAAAAAUUGGAGCGACAUGAGGCACGUGGUAGAGACGGCCGACGGCAGGGAGCGGACGGGCGGGUUCGAACCCGAAACAGCCUAUAACGGCACCCACGAGGAAAACUUCUACCGCACUCCGGCCAGCCUGUUUGUGAACACCGACACGGUCAACCCUAGCGCAGCGGACUCGAUCAAUGCAUUAGUUGGUGUACUUGACCCAAAUAGCAGGAUUCAAGAAUGUACGUCAUCCGGAAUAAGAGUUAUGUUUCCGGAAAUCGAAGGUGUCGGUACAGUGCGCACGCGCUAUCCCAUAAUGCCUCUGCAUUCCGAUGGAGAGCAGACGAGAAAGGAACUGGAAGCACUCAAGGACAUGCUGCUGGACGCCAAUGGAGAGUUCUUACAAAGGCGAGAGUUUGAACCGGAUGAAGAGGAGGAGGAGGAGGAGGAGGAGGAAUAGGAGGACGAGCAGCAACAGAAAACGAAGAACUCUUAUAUAAAACCCCAAUACUUUCUUUAUGCAACCGAUUUUUGUAAACUAUAGAAUAUGCAUGAGCUACUCUCUGGUAAAAAAGAAGUUUAUUUCUUGUUCGUGCAGUUUCGUACUAGCUUAUCAUGUACAAUCCGCUGCCAAUGCGGACAUCAAAUGCUAAGCUGGGACGAUAUUUUACGCCCAUACAUUAAAGUCCCGUUUUCCCAGAGUCAUGAUAAUACGUAUAUAAUAAUUAUAUUAUACCGAAUACGAUUUUUAUGUGACCUAUUUUUGUUACCUAUUAAAUAUUUUGAUAUUAUCAAUGCUAUUAUCCUAUUAUGCUAUUAUAUGACACACAAUAAAAAUUAAACCGCA